AUGGAGAAUCCAAGCAAUGUGGCUGAAUUCAUUCUUUCGGGCAUUACAACACAUCCAGAGCUGAAGAAAACAGUCUCUGUUGUAUUUCUCAUCAUGUAUGUUUUAACAAUUGUGGGAAACCUACUCAUUGUGGCCACCAUGGUCACAAGUCCAAGUCUGAGGUCACUGAUGUAUUUUUUCCUCACUGCCUUGUCUCUUUUAGAUGCCACCUACUCUUCUGUCAUUGCCCCCAAGAUGAUUAUGGACUGCCUCUUCGAUAUCACCAUCAUCUCUUUCAUAGGUUGCAUGGCCCAGCUCUUCACAGAGUAUUUCUUUAGUGGUGUGAGGAUCAUCAUUCUCAUUGUCAUGGCCUAUGACCGCUACAUGGCCAUCUGCAAGCCCCUGUACUACAAGACCAUCAUGAGCCCUCGCAAGUGCUAUGUGCUGCUGGGAGCAGCCUGGCUAGGGAGUUCCAUGCAUGCAACAGUACAGUUUCUUUUCAUGUACCAAGUACCCUUCUGUGGUCCCAAUGUGAUAGAUCACUUUAUAUGUGAUCUAUGGCAGAUACUGGCCUGCACGGACACCCAGGUCCUGGGCAUCUUAGUCAUCCUCAACACCAGAGUGAUGUAUAUGGCCAUCUUCAUUAUGCUUAUUGCCUCCUACACAGUUAUCCUGUGCUCCUUGAAGUCUUACAGGUCUGAAGGACAGCACAAAGCUUUCUCCACCUGUAGUUUCCACCUCACAGUGGUCAUCAUGUUCUUUGUGCCCUCUAUAUUCUUGAAUGUGAGGCCUAUAGCUACUUACCCCAUAGAUAAGGCAAUGACUGUGUCCUUUACCAUUUUCAUACCCCUUCCAAACCCGUUGAUGUACACCUUAUGGAAUGCAGAGGUGAAAAAUGCCAUGAGGAAACUGUGGAUGAACAAAGGACCCUGGGUGGUCAUUAGCUUACAUAUUUUGGAAUAUCCUUCCUGUGAAGACUAUGAAAUCUCAGUUUCCUAUUCAUUUGAAUUCAUUGGACACAGAGCCAAUAACAUUAAGACCUCCCUAUCACUUCAAGGCCUGGGAACUCCAAUUAUCAAGUUGGCAGAUGGCAGAUUCCAUGACCAGAAAGGACUACUUCUUAGACGAGAAGGAGCCAUCUUUGACCUGAGUUUUCUUCUGUGGCAAAAGAUUCAAGUGUCCUCUCUGGGGCUCUUUUGUAAGGGCAUUAAUGCCAUUCAGAAGGGUUCUAUGUUUGCGACCUAA